ACUCUCAAUGACCCCAUUUGCUUACUUCAUCUCCACCACCUCUCAUCUCAUUUCUUCCUUCCUUUGCUGUUUGAUUAUUCCGGACUGCAGUGAAUUAGGUUGAGCUUACACGUACUUUAUCCAUGGCGGCAUCGGAUAACCUGGCAGCGAUGGAGCCGUGGGUGUACAGGCCGACGACGAACUCGACGUUUGCGGACUCGUGGAUCUCGGGGGCGUUUGCGAGGGACAGUAAGGCUCUCACGAUGGCUCUCCAGAAGUCGCUGAUGGGGAACAAGAGCUCGGAAUCUGCUGCUGAUUCCGAGUUCUUGCCGUUCUUUGAUACGUUCCAGCCGGAGGCGACGCCAACGCCGACUGUUUCGGGGGUGACGGGAUCGGAUCCGGAGUCGUGUGUUGCGGCGCCGACGAAGCGGCAGCGGAGCGCGGCGCCGGUUUCCGGGGGAAAGGUGGCGAAGAGGAAGUCGAGGGCGUCGAAGAGGACUCAGACGACGUUCAUCACGGCUGACCCGGCGAACUUCCGGCAGAUGGUGCAGCAGGUGACUGGGGUGAGGUUCAGUAACGGUGACGGUAACGGUAACGGACAGCAGUUCUCGUCUUCAUUGGGGUCCAAUAUUGUGAAGCCGGCGCCGCAGAGAUUUGGAACCGGCGGGUGCUUGCCGACGCUUGACACGUCGGCGUUUCUGUUUGAUCGGCAUCAGCAGCAGAGUCAGCAGUACCAGCAGCAGAAGGGUGUGGGGCCCGCGGCGGUGAUGGGAGGAGGAGGAGGAGUGGUGGGGCAAAUGUGUUAUGGGGGGAACGUGGAGGUGGCGGAAGGUGGUGGCGUCUCUGGCGGGCGAUUAGGCUUUGACUCGUACUCGAGCUUUCCCACUUUGGAGUCGUGGAAAGUCAUGUAGUGAGAGAGAGAGAGAGGCAGCUAGAGAGAGAAGGGGGGUGAUAGAGAUAAUUAUGACCGUUGAUCUUGUGCCAUGUGGUCGUUUUGUAUUUUGUUAAUAUUAUUUAUGUUUUUUUAAAUUUAUUUAUUUCCAUUUUGUUGAGCUUAA